ACAGAUCCUCCGAGUGACGCCCAAAACAGGCCCCGGAAACAAUCUACAACGAAUCCGCCAAAAUAGGUCGAAAGCACCGAAACCGCAACAAGCCCUCAGGACCUCGCGUCCCCCGCUGGCUUGCUCGCAAAAUGGGCCAAGAAGAAUCGACUCCGUCCGCGGCCUAUGGCCCUCCCGCCACGCUCCCGGAACGAAGCCUCGAGGCUGUCGCCGAGCACAUCAAGAGCGGCAAAGCCCGGCGCAUUGUGGUCAUGACGGGCGCCGGCAUCUCGACCGCAGCAGGCAUCCCCGACUUUCGCUCGCCAAAGACGGGUCUGUACAGCAACCUGGCGCGCCUCAAUCUCCCCUACGCAGAGGCCGUGUUCGACAUUGCCUACUUCCGCAAGCGCCCCGAGCCCUUCUACGUUCUCGCGCAGGAGCUCUACCCCGGCAAAUUCCACCCGACCAUCUCCCACGCCUUCAUUGCGCUUCUGGCGGAAAAGGGCCUCCUCCAGAUGCUCUUCACGCAGAACAUUGACUGCCUCGAGCGAGCGGCCGGCGUCCCCGCGGACAAGAUUGUCGAGGCCCAUGGCAGCUUCGCGACGCAGCGCUGCAUCGAGUGCAAGGUCGAGUUCCCCGACGAGCACAUGAAGGCGCAUGUGCUCCGCGGCGACGUCCCCCGCUGCGGAGAGUGCAAGGGCCUGGUGAAGCCGGACAUUACCUUCUUCGGCGAGGCCCUCCCCAGGGCGUUCUCGGAGAAGUCGCACCACACCGUCAUGGCGGACCUCGUGCUCAUCAUCGGGACGAGCUUGACGGUGUAUCCGUUUGCGAGCCUUCCGGAGAUGGCGCGCAAAGAGACGCCGCGCGUGCUGUUCAACAUGGAAAAGGUUGGCUCGCUGGGGUCGCGGAGCGAUGAUGUGUUGGAGUUGGGGGCCUGCGAUGACGGUGUGCGGAAGUUGGCUGAGCUGUUGGGCUGGGCGGACGAGCUGCAUAAUUAUUGGCGGAAUCUCGUUGGAGACGAGGAGGCUGAUAGGCAGCUGCGCAGCCAGAUGGCUCGUGACGAGGAGAUUGAGGAUGAGCUGCAGAAGUUGACUGGGGAUAUCGAGACGAUUCUC